GGUCAGCAGCGAUGGCUAGCGAGCGGGAUGAUGCAUAUACAGCCAGCAGCCGGUCAUCUAUUGUGGCUUGUAGCCAGGAGUGCAGCCAUAUCACGAAGAGUGUAGUUACAACCGUCUCGAGUUUGCAGUCCGACGUAAGACACCUGACUGACGCUUUUAAUCGGCAGAAUGAGAUGCUGGCAGAUAUACAACGAACUAUCCGUAGCCUUAUCUGCCAAAAUAAUCAGGGUUUAACUUCGAAGGGUCUCAGAAAGGUGUCCUCCGGCUGUUUGUGCAGUGGAAAGAAAAGUCUCAAAGAGCAGCAUUCAGACAAAUAUAAGGGUAAGAAAUGGGUCACAGGAACCCCCACAUGUAGCAUGGAUGGUGCAGAUGACCCUACAUACAUACCACCGACGAAGACAGAGUUCAGCAUGGAUCACAUGCCGUUCAGGAGCACAAGGGCAAAGAAGAAAACAAGGUAGCCGAGACGAGGUCUAAAGACACAAGACAGAACAAAAAAACCCGAACUGGUGGACCUCACGACGGAUUCUGUAGGCCAUGAUGAAUUCGCCACGCCACACGGUCGGAGGGAUACGGAAUGCAACGUUGAUGAUGAUGGAUGUUACAACAGAUUCCCAUUGGGGUGCAGUCGUGGAAACAAACAAAUGCCUGAGGUCAUGCCGGUGAAACUACAUAGGAUCUCAAAGGUAGAUCGUGUUGUGGUUGUGGGUAUUUCAUUUACGGUUCAUUCGUUGAUACCUUACGCUUAAUGUUGAUGUGGCAUUAUUAUGACAUGUGGCAGCAAAUGGACCUAGCAUUUUCACCCACUAAGGAGAUGCGGUUGUCCGGGAUAAACCUAGUGGCUGCGACUUAUGUAUUCAGCAACGACCUACCACCUAGUGAGAUCCUGGUUGAUGUUGGACCUUUCCACAUUGACAGGAAGGCAGCAUUCACGCUUGUACCAAAGGAAAAACUCGUCGACGAUGUCCUUGAUGUUGUCGUUACAAUGCUUUCCCACACCAGCCCGAGCUAUUUGUGGUUCCUCCCGACUACAAUUAUGCAAGCCGCCCUGGAAAUGCGAUCUCUAUCGACGGGUACGCUUGCAACGAUCAAGGCAAAGCAUAUGCCAUCGAAGGUUGACGAAGUGCAUCGGAUUUAUGUGCCGAUGUGGACUGUCGGGCAUUGGUACCUGAUGAUCAUUGACAACGUAAGACGUAAGCUAAUUUACUUAGAUUCACUAGUUAAUCCAGAAGAGACCGAAGACAGGCAAACGGCGAUGACUAAAGUGGCACUGUACCUUGAAUCCAUAACCCUCGGCCAAGCAUGGCUAUCAUCAAAUGAUGGGGUGCGCCCAAGGUUCUCAACAUACGACAUCGAAGAUGCUGAUGUCCCGCAACAAGAUCGUGGAUCGUAUGCAUACUAUUUUCUUAUUAAUUUUCCCUACUCAUGUAUUGAAUCACGUACUUUAAACUUAAUUCUAAUUUGGCUAACCCUACCCUUCUGUUCACUUAGUAGGUAUACUUCCCCCUAGUAUGUCAUAGUCUUCGUCCUAGAGACUAAAACAAUCGUCGUUCCUUUUUUUUUUGUCUUAAUGUAAUUAUUUAAUUGAUCGCUGAGUUAACCGAUUCCCAAUACUGGUGUAGCAUGGAUUGCGGAGUAUGGGUUUCGCAGUGGAUGAUACGGGGCGCACUCUGGAAAGAUUAUGAUGUCCGGACAGUUAAUGUUGCAACGCGGAUGCGGCUUGCCAUUGAUUUGGUUUUAAAAGAACACAACGAAAAUGCAAAGGCAUUAGUUGCAAAAGCAAUGUCUCACUGGCGCUGGAAGUCAAUGGGAGCAACCCUCUGAGGAGGUGCCUCAUAUUUUGUUUUUUGGUGGUUAAAUAUGAAAUGAAGUGUGAUCCUUAAUUUCCGUUGUGUUAAUAGUGAGAUACAUGUAAAUUUUUUGUAAUUACAUAUAAUUCAUGUUUGUAUCACACUCACCAAGUAGCAUCUUAUACUAAUGUUUUAAAUGGCCUUUUUAACACUUUCACCGCGGUUUUACUUGGUGAAAGGUCAUCUCAAUAGGUUCCAGGGUUUGGUGUCAUUUCUUAUUUUGUGGCCUUCACCAUUAUCUUAUUGGGUCAGAAGAUCUUCCACAUAGGCUUUUCUAUAGACACUAAGUUCUGCAUUUUGUACUCAAACAAAGAACAUGCUAUUAUCAUCAUCAUUACACUUACACUGUCAAUAUUCUUAAUUAGUUAACUUGUAUAAGAUAUGACCAUACUU